GCCGGUGCUGAGGCGGCGCAGGGGCCGCGGCGGGGCCGCCAUGGAGCGGUUCGGGCCCGGGCCCGUGAGCGCCGUGCCCGUGGCCGAGUUCAGGCCAAAUGAGGGUUCAUUAACAUCAACUUUAAGAACGCUUCUGUUCUUCACAGCUCUAAUGAUUACAUUACCAGUUGGGCUAUAUUUUUCAUCAAAGGCUUAUGUAUUUGAAGGUUCCUUAGGAAUGUCCGACAGAGACAGCUAUUUCUAUGCUGCCAUCGUGGCUGUAGUUACUGUUCACGUGGUGCUUGCUCUCUUUGUUUAUGUAGCGUGGAACGAGGGCUCGCGGCAGUGGCGGGAAGGCAAACAGGACUAGAACGAAGAUCAUGUCGUCUGGUGUCUACAGACUGUAAAUCAAGGGUUUUUUGUGAGCUGAAGGAAAAGCGUUCUUCAAAAUGUAUAAUACACGUGUACAAAAGGAGGCUGGUGCCUCAGCUGUGGUUGAAAUAAGACUUGUGCUCAUCUUGCCUGUG